AUGUUAAACCAACUUAUUCUUAGUGGCAACCAACUCUCUGGAAGUAUUCCUGUAGAAAUUGGAAAUAUGAGCAACCUAAUAAUGCUUGAUCUUAAUGAUGAUAAUCUCUCUGGUGAACUUCCUGCUUCUAUAAGAAACUUAAGCAAUAUCAACGAAAUUUUUCUUUAUGGAAACAGCAUUUCUGGACAUUUUCCAGGAGAAAUUGGAAACUUGAGAAAUUUAGUGAACCUUCAGCUUUUAGCAAAUCAAUUUUUUGGAAGUAUUCCUAGAGAAAUUGGAAACUUAAGAGAGUUAAGGGUUCUUGGGCUUUCUGAAACAAAACUUUCUGGUAUUAUUCCUACAGAAAUUGGAAAGUUGAGCAACUUAGAAAUUCUUGACCUUCGUACCAACAAUCUCUCUGGUCAACUUCCUGCUUCCAUAGGAAACUUGACAAAUCUCAACGAACUCUUGCUCCAAAACCAGCUUAGUGGCUUUCUUCUUUUAACAAUGAAUAACCUGACUAGCUUAAAGCAUCUGCAAUUGGCUUCAAAUAGCUUCACUGGACAUUUGCCAAAACAAAUAUGUGGUGGUGGAUUGCUUGAGUUUUGUUCUGCCGAUGAAAACCAUUUUAUUGGCCCUAUUCCAACAAGCUUGAAAAAUUGCAGCAGCCUUAUUAGACUUAGGCUGGAACGAAACCAACUGAUAGGAAAUCUUACAGAAGCUUUCGGCUCCAUACCACCUGCACUGGGUAAGGCACCUCAGCUACAUGUACUUGAAUUGUCCUCAAAUCAUCUCACGGGAAAUAUUCCAACGAAACUUGGAAGUUUGAAGUUAUUCAAACUUAUGCUAAGUGAAAAUCAACUAUCUGGAGAGAUUCCUCAGACAAUCAGAAUGCUACCUAAUCUAGAGAGUUUAGACUUGGCAGAGAACAAUCUAAGUGACUCAAUUUCAAAAGAACUUGGAGGGUGCUCCAAGCUGUUACAAUUGAAUCUGGAAAACAAUAAAUUUGAAGGCAAUGUUCCUUUCAAAAUAGCUAAUGUGAACUCUCUUGAAAAUCUUGGCCGCAGUUCAAAUUUGCUGGUGGGGAAGAUACCACCACAGCUUGCAGAAAUGCAAUGUCUAGAAACUCUGAAUCUCUCCCACAAUAAUUUCUCCGCUUCCAUUCCAUCUGAUUUUGGUGAAAUGAAGAGUUUGACAAUGGUUUAUAUGUCCUUCAACCAAUUGGAGGGUUCCAUUCCUAAUUCCAAAGCCUUCUGCGACGCUCCAUUUGAAGCAUUCAGAAAUAACAAAGGCUUAUGUGGUAAUGUCACUGGUUUGCAGCUUUGUCCAACAAGGACUCAGAAUCCUCAUGGUAAAGAGGGCAAAAAUAUGAGAAUAUUGAUCAUAUUGAUCCCUAUUUUCUGCAGCCUAUUUCUUCUAUCCAUUUUUGUAAUUUUAUACAUUCAUCAUAGAAGAAGAAGAGUGACAAAAACGAACACUCCAGAUGACAUUGAAACAUAA